CUUUUUACUUGGACAUCUGCCGAUCCUUUGGAGAAUGGUGAGGAAAAGGGAGUUUAUGAAUGAUGUCUUCCUGCAGUGGGUGGAGAAAUAUGGACCUAUUGUACGGUUUAAUGCAUUUCACAGAGUCUCAGUAAUGGUUAUGAGUCCUGAAGGAGUGAAGGAAUUCUUGAUGUCACCACAGUACCCAAAGGAUCGGCUAGUGUAUGGGCGUAUGUUUGACAUAUUUGGUGAGAGGUUUCUAGGGAAUGGCUUGAUAACUGUUUGCAACCAUGAGCACUGGCACAAGCAGCGGAGGAUAAUGGAUCCGGCUUUCAGCCGAACCUACCUGAUUGGUCUGAUGGAUGCUUUUAAUGAAAAAGCAGAGGAGCUGAUGGAGAAGCUAGAGGAAAAGGCAGAUGGAAAGAAAGAGGUUAGCAUGCUGAUGAUGAUGAACCGGGUGAUUCUGGAUAUCAUUGCAAAGGUAGGCUUUGGCUUGGAAUUAAACACACUGAGUGAUGACCAGACACCUUUCCCACGCGCUGUGACUGUGAUUUUGGAGGGAAUGAAUAAGGCGCGCAUCCCCUUCGUGCAGUACAUGGCAGGGCAACAGAAACUGGUAAAGGAGGUCAAGGAGAGCGUGAGGCUGCUGCGGCGUGUGGCGAAGGAGUGCAUUGACGAGAGGAGAAAGGCCAUCCAGGAGGGGAAGGAGGCCACGCGGGAUAUUCUUACGCAAAUACUGAAAGGAGAUGCUCUGGAGAAAACUAGAGAUGAUGAAAACCUUCUGGAUAACUUUAUCACUUUCUUUGCUGCAGGUCAUGAAACAACUGCCAAUCAGUUGUCCUUUACAAUAAUGGCACUGGCUCAGCAUCCUGAAAUACUGCAAAGGCUUCAGGCUGAAGUGGAUGAUGUUCUUGGUGCCAAGAGAGACAUUGACUAUGAGGAUCUUGGCAAACUCACCUACUUAUCACAGGUUUUGAAGGAAUCGCUGCGGCUGUACCCACCCGUCCCGGGGACAAUACGCUGGAUGGAGAAGGAGCACGUCAUCGAGAGUGUCAGAAUUCCUGCAAACACGAUGCUCAUUUUCAGCACUUACAUAAUGGGAAGGAUGGAAAGGUAUUUCAAGGAUCCACUCACAUUCAAUCCAGACCGAUUUAGCAAAGAUGCACCUAAGCCAUAUUACUGCUAUUUUCCAUUCUCUCUGGGACCCCGAUCCUGCAUCGGGCAGGUGUUUUCGCAGAUGGAGGCAAAAGUGGUGUUGGCAAAACUGCUGCAGAGGUUUGAAUUCCAGCUGGUACCAGGGCAGAGUUUUAAACUCUUGGAUGGUAUAACCUUCAGGCCACUAGAUGGAGUAAUAUGUACAUUAAAGCCAAGGAGCCCUGCAAGAGGCUGCCAGGCGUGA